AUGGAUCCCAAUCUCGCGCUCGUUCAUGGCCCACAAGAGCCCCAACUAUGUCUCAAAACCAUGAAAGCUCUUAUCGAUGACCAGGCAUCUCUAUACGGGGAUUGUCCUGCGGUUGUGUUCCCCUGGCAGGCUGUACGGCUGUCAUAUCGCGAAUUGGCAGACCGAAGCAAAGUUCUAGCCAAGGCGAUGCUCGAGAUGGGACUGGAACAUGGCGACUGCGUGGGUAUCAUGGCGGGCAAUUGCUAUCAGUACAUUGAGGCUUUCCUUGGUGCUGCUCGAAUUGGGUGCCCUGUCGUUGUGUUGAACAAUACAUACACCCCUGCGGAACUUACGAAUGCCGUUCAGAGAAGUUCAUGCAAACUUGUUUUCCAUGCAACGAGUAUCGGCUCGCGAGACUUGAUGGGUCACAUCGCAACUCUGCAAGGAACGCAAUACCCAAACCCAGCGCUACCUGAAUUGCAACGCAUUGUUUCACUCGGCCCCAAGACACAAUCUGAUACCGGUGUUGAGGUUCAGCCCUACAAUACUUUUACAUCAAAUGGCCUCUCGGUGUUCAUGAGCAAUGCUACGCUCGAGCGUGCAGAGAGAAAAGUCACUCGUGACGAUGUGGUUAAUCUACAAUUCACCUCCGGUAAAUUGCGAACUCCGCUUGCACUUCGAGUACUAACCUUUCUUGAAGGAACUACGGGCUCUCCCAAAGCUGCAAUGCUCACCCAUACUAAUCUCAUCAAUAAUGCACAGUACAUCGGGGGAGCAAUGCAACUUACCCCAAAUGAUGUUGUAUGUUGCCCACCACCGAUGUUCCAUUGCUUUGGACUAGUCCUUGGCUUUCUCUCAUCCUUCUAUCGCGGAAGCUCCAUCGUGUUUCCAUCCGAUUACUUCGACGUCACAAAGGUAGUCGACGCCAUCAUCAACGAGGAUGCCACAGUCCUCCUUGGGGUUCCGACCAUGUACGUUGCCGAAUUGGAAGUCAUGGUUAAGACAGGGCAGCGACCUCGUCGACUACGGACCGGACUGGCGUCUGGCUCCACCGUUUCUCAAAAUCUAAUGGAACAGCUCCGGGAGACGAUGGGUGUGAAGAAAAUGCUGAUCGCCUACGGUAUGACGGAAACUAGUCCUGUCAGCUUCAUCACUUCGUUGGACGACAGCGAUGAAAAGGGCACGACAACAGUUGGUCGAGUCAUCCCGCAUACGGCUGCAAAGGUCAUUGAUGACAAGGGUCGGACCUUGCGCCGAGGACAGCGGGGUGAGUUAUGUACCAGUGGGUUUCUGCUACAGAAAGGAUAUUGGAAGAAUGAGGAAAAGACUAGAGAGGUGAUGCGGAGAGACGAGAAUGGGGUGUUGUGGAUGCACACUGGAGAUGAAGCCAUGAUCGACACCGAUGGGUACGCCCAUAUCACCGGUCGCAUCAAAGAUCUGAUAAUUCGGGAGAUUCAGCAAUUUGUUGGGGAACAGUUGGGCCGUCACAAAACCCCCAAGCAUGUAUUCUGGCUUGGUGACGCAGGAGUGGGUGAGGACUUCCCCAAAACUGGCAGUGGUAAGCAUCAAAAGCAUAUGAUGCGAGAUAUUGGUAAUCGAUUGGUCGGCACAAUAAGGGCAAAGCUUUAG